AUGGCGCCUAACAAAAAGAAGAAAAAAGCAGCCUCAAACCCGGCACGAGGGUUUGCUACAGUCUCUGUUCCGUCCAAGGCGAAGCCGUCGGCCUCUUCUGAGCCAGUAGAGUCCGAAGAGACUGCCCAUAAACCCGAGGCGUUGGCAGAGAAACCGCCCACUGGAGAUGGCCGAAACGAUAAAGCCGCUGCUCAGACGGCCAACCACAAACCAGAGCUACACGAGUUGACUCCUGACGAACUUGAACGGCACCUGGAAGAAGCUGAACUGCAGACAAUCGUCGACAAGCAUGGCACCAAAUGCAAAGGUGAUGCUGCUCGCUACUCUACCAAAAUGGUGGCUGAGAGACGUCUCCUGCGCCCGCAAGCGUCACAGUUGGAGAAUGUCAGUGACUGGCUCUCUCCAGAUCUUUUGAAUAAGAUACUCGAAAAAGAGAAAGUGGAAGCAAAAAAGCAGCCUGUGAUUUCAAACAAAUCAGCGGAAUAUCAUGGACAGCUCGGCCACGCCACAGAAGAAAACAUCUGUGUCAACUUGUGGAUUCUUCAGCUUACGCUGUUAACACUUGGUUUCCAGGAGAUUGAUAUCCAUGAGGCAUUGAAAGCCCUACUUCUAUAUGGGCCAUUGGAAAUAGUGUCUGGAAAGGACCCCAUCCAGGCGCUUGACCUAGCCUUCUACUAUCUGGCACUCUACCUGGACAAAGAGAAGCUAGCUCUGUAUGACGAGAACAAACAGAUAGAGGCGGUAGGUAAAGUCGUCACAGUUGGAGACGAUAGUAUUAGUAUACUAUCAGAAAGGAUUGCCUCAGGAUCCUCCAGCCCGGCAGGUCCGGCGCGAAGCAACACACCAAGCAAAUCUACAGAGGCUACCUCUACACUGCUUUCCCGCCCACUGAGCCCAGACUCCGAAGGGGAUAGCGGCAUACAUGACCCAGAAAUGCUAAUCCCCGAAUUUCUAGCUCUUCGAUCACGGCUCUAUGAACUUGACCCAUCGGUAUUCAACAAAACGAAAUCUAAAAAGGGUGUAAAACAAACCUCCAAACAGAUCCAGGACCCAGAUCAGGAUCCUGCUAUUACUAUCAUUAAACGGAAAAUUGCUCGUAUUGAACAGGAUAUCCUGUUUGACUCUCACGAGGCAGAGGAGCGCUGGGCGGGGACGCUGGAGGAACUUAGACGUACGACAGGAGAGAUCCUGAGAAAUACCCUUAACUUACCAGCAAGCACGCUUGGUACUCCCCGUACUGAGUCCCACGGGACUGAAGUAAAGGACGCUCGACCUGAGGAGGAUGAAGGGAUAUUUGGUGAAAUGUUUGACUCGGAGCUAAAUGAUACUGGGAGCCAGACGCUGUUUGGAUCCCAAAACACCUCAACAAAAUUGAGAGAUUUUGGUAAUACUGUGGGUAUUAGCCCAAGAAAGGUCCUGGAUGAUUUUUGUCGCUCUAGGGAUACAAAUGUUAUAUUAACAUACCACAAAUUAUCCGACAAUGCUUUUUUGCAUCGCAAUGCAAUAGAAAUUUUAUGGUCAAAGGACCAAGAGGUCAUGUUUGAGGCGCCUCUCAAAGAUAUUUCAUACAGAAUUUCUCCUCGGUCAUUGGUGAUCGACAUGACUGGUAUCAGUGCUGCAUCUGAUGUACAGGCCGAAUCGUAUAUUUCAACAGUUGCUUUAUUCAUAAUAUCCUCACAUGCAUGGAAGGAUAAUAAAGCAUCUAUUAAAUUAUCAGGAGUAUGGAAGGAAGUUUGGGAUGAGAUAUCAUUGGAAAAGAAGGAACAUGACGAUCAAACUGAUAGACAGGUAAUCAAAACAUUCAAGGGAUACAUCCAAGAAUAUGAGGCUCAUAUUGAGGAAGACGUUGUCCUUGUUCACAAUUUCCGGCAGCGAUAUGGUACUGGAGAUGUCACACCUUCCACUGAAGGUACGCCAAGGAGAUAUAACGCGGAGUCCUUUUCUCCUAAGCUUCAAGCACUCUGGCACAGCCGGAGUUCAUCUCCCAACUUCCAAAGGAUGGCAGCGGCAAGGGCCGGACUCCCAAUAUGGUCAUUCAGGGACCAAGUAAUUGAUGCCCUUUCCAGUCAUCAGACUAUCAUAAUAUGUGGAGAAACCGGAAGCGGGAAAAGUACUCAAAUUCCUUCAUUCAUCCUCGAAAAUGAGCUUGCAGCGGGCAAGGAGUGCAAAAUUUAUGUCACUGAACCCAGACGUAUAUCUGCAAUCUCGCUGGCAAGGAGGGUCAGCGAGGAGCUCGGCGAGAACAAAAACGAUAUUGGGACAAAUCGGUCGCUUGUUGGAUAUGCGAUCCGGCUGGAGAGUAAAUUCACAGCUUCUACACGGCUUAUAUUUGCAACUACCGGUAUUGUCAUCAGGAUGCUAGAGAGACCCCAGGAUUUCGAUAGUGUUACUCAUCUGGUUUUGGAUGAAGUACAUGAACGUACCAUUGAUGGAGAUUUCCUCCUAAUCGUACUUCGUCGACUGCUAAGCACUCGGCGUGAUCUGAAGCUGGUUCUAAUGUCCGCGACUGUUGAUGCCAAACGCUUCUCUGACUAUCUUAAUGGUGCACCGAUUCUCAACAUUCCGGGACGCAUGUACCCCGUGGAAACAAAGUACCUAGAGGAUGUCAUCGAGUUAACACAUUAUCGACCUAACAAAGAUGAUUCAUACACAGAUGUCACCGACGACACUUCAGAGGAUGAGAAGUCAGGGGCUUCUGAAGAUACCACUACGUUAAAGUCCACCCUUACGAAUUACAGUAGACAAACUCAGUCUACAGUUAUAUCAUUUGACGAGUAUCGCCUUAAUUACAAACUCAUUACCGACCUCCUUUCAAGCAUUGCCAGCCGCCCGGAGCUCAUUGAUUACAGCAAAGCAAUUCUGAUAUUCAUGCCAGGCCUUGCUGAAAUACGUCGGCUUCACGAUGAAAUACUCUCGAUCCCGAUGUUUCAGAACGGCUGGGUUGUAUAUAGUUUGCAUUCUUCCAUUGCAAGUGAAGACCAAGAAAAGGCAUUCGUUGUUCCCCCGCCUGGUAUGCGAAAAGUGGUAAUUGCUACAAAUAUAGCAGAGACAGGUAUCACCAUCCCUGAUAUCACAGCUGUCAUCGAUACUGGCAAAGAGAAGGUUAUGCGUUUCGACGAGCGACGCCAGAUAUCGAAGUUGGUUGAAGUUUUUGUUGCCCGUGCAAAUGCAAAGCAGCGUCGAGGUAGGGCAGGACGAGUCCAGGAAGGAAUAUGUUUCCACCUGUUCUCAAAAUAUAGACAUGAUAAACUUCUUUUCGAGCAGCAAACUCCUGAAAUGCUUCGUCUGUCACUCCAGGAUCUUAUCCUUCGAGUGAAGAUAUGCAAUCUAGGAGAUAUUGAAGGCACACUAUCCGAAGCAAUGGAUCCUCCAUCUUCAAAAAAUAUCCGUCGCGCUAUUGAAUCCCUAAAGACGGUGAAAGCUCUUACUGGAACUGAGACAUUAACACCACUAGGGAAGCAAUUGGCUAAGCUGCCGCUGGAUGUGUUCCUCGGCAAGCUCAUCCUAUACGGAGCCUUCUUCAAAUGCGUGGAUGCAGCUGUGAGCAUUGCUGCAAUUCUUUCUAGCAAAUCGCCUUUCUUGAACGAUAUCAAUCGUAAAAGCCAGAUCGAAGCUUCACGGAAAGCAUUCGAACGAGGUAUUCAUAUUCCAACUGCUCCAUAG